UCAAAUAGUGACCGAAGGGGAAGGCACUUCUGAGAACCAUGAUGUCCCUGGGUGUCAGUAAAGGACGUGUCAUUCCACCCACGGAUGAAGACCGCAGGAGGAUCAUUAAGCAGAUGAAGGUUCGCACCACCCUGAAAGGAGAUAAGAGCUGGAUCCACCACCAUAACUCGGACUCUGAGGAUGAGAAGAAGAGCAGCCCGCUGUCUGGACGGGCCGCUGGGGGAUCCCCAGCCUCAACACCUAUUGCUCCCCAGAGUGACAGGUCUUCUGCCUCCAAGCCUCAAUCUGGUUACCUCAUCAGAGGGGUGUUCACAAGAACCAUCGAUAAGAGCUCUUCCGUGCCAGAUUCUUCAUCUUCUAAUGAAGCACAAAAACGCACUGCCGCGAAGGGACGCAGCCUGUGCCGUUCCUCCUCUGGCUACAGGAUGACCACUGAGGAUUACAAGAAACUAGCUCCGUAUAAUGUUAAGCAAAAAUCAGUGGAUUUGGGUGAGGAUGAUGUGCCUUUUAGUCCAGAUGAACAUAAAAAGAGGACAGAGGCGGCCAACAGUGUCCUGAGACGCACUGCCAGCAGGGAACGUGCUUAUGUCCUCUCGGCAGCCAAGAAAAGCAACGGCAGCCCAACACAAGAAUUUCCACCCUUGUUUGCCAAGAGAAUUGAGAUAGAAGAAGAAGAAGGGCAGCAGAGGAGGAGUCCAACAGUGUCUGGUUCAUGCAGGUUUACACCAGAUGACAACAGUACUAAUGGGCUAAGAAAAACCACCGCUGGGCCUUCCUGGAAUGAGCCAAAGACAACAGCAGUGUCUCCCUCCAGCCCUGAAACAGGCAGUAAGAGCCAAACCACCACAUCCUUGAGUGAAACUUCAGAGAGAAUCUCCACUUCUACUGAAAUCAGAAAUGGUGAAAACAGACAGGCCCCUAAUGGGAAAUCCUCAUCUGAAGCUGUGUCACAGCAUGGGGACGGUGACAAACCUCUGAAGGAAAAGCCUGAGCCGUUCCCAUGGGAUGAAAUGACCCCCAGAGCAACCGUGGUUUCCACGAAUGGAAGUUAUACUGAGCACACAGAAGCCAACAAUGGAAUUUACCCACCAAAGGACAGACCUGCGGAUGCUACAGACAAGCUGCACCGUCAGUACGAGACCUCUCACUACCUGGAUGAUGCAAAGUCUGAACCUGCAAGGUCUAGCUUGCAGUCUGAUGUCCCUUCUCCUCCUACUGAGAGAGCCCCUGUGCACCUAGAGGACACAGAAUAUUCGUUUAAAGGAUCUGUCCUGGGCUACGAGGAGAGAAGCAGCACUCAAGAGAGCAGAUACACGAGUCCCGAGGUCCCAGCAUACAGCAAGCCUUACUGGAAUGAAGCGAUGUCUUCCCAAGAUUUCAAAGAGGGGAACACCCCUAGAGAAAGGGGGCACGAGAGCACGCAGGCCUCAGAUGACUAUAAACCAGAGCUGAUCCAAGAAGGGUUUUUGGACUCAAACAACCAUACUGAGAAGGGACAAGAACCUCCUGACCACGAUGUCCACCCAGAGCCUCCCAGGUCGAAGGAACACACUGAACUUGAACCCGACAUGACUAGGUCCAGCUCUCUACCUAGAGAAAGCGGCAUCACUGCUCCAGAGACCCAAUGUGCAAAUGAAUCUGACCCAUGCCGGGAAAGGAUCACUUCAGCUUAUGAAGAACAAACCCACUCCACCACAGAUAGUCACCAUGAGAGCCCAGGAGACUGGAGACACAAUGAGCCUAACCCAGUGGCAGCCAGCAGGUCUAACUUCAGCUCAAAAGAGAGUGCUCUCAGUGCAUAUGAAACCCAGCAGCCCGUGCCACUGUACGUGGACCGCCAGCCUUUUAACACCAGCGUGUCAGCACCCAGUCACAGGAUCCCAUCCUAUGUAGACAGCCAAGUAUUCAGCACCAGAAGCCACGACUCCCUUCCCAGAGAUACCACCAUGUCCAUUUCCCAGAGAAGCCACAGGGUGCCGUUCUACAUGGACAGCUUAAACUAUAACAGCACCAGGCUUCUCCCAAGUUCGAGUGAGAGGAUCUGCAGUCCGAUUGCCACCUUACCGCAGAACAGCCACGUGGCCUCUGGGUACCAGCCCGAUUCCAGCACUGCCGGAAAAGGGGUCCUCUUUGUGAAGGAGUACGUGAACAGCAGCGAGUUGUCAGCCUCCCCGCGCUAUGGCAGUGGCAGCCUUGUGGAUUUGACCGAUUUGGAGAGAGCAAACUACAGCCACCACAGCUACCUGUCCAGUGCUCCCCUGCAGAGGUCCAGUGAACCUGUUUGCAGUUACUGCAGCCGUGAGAUCCGAGACUGCCCUAAGAUCAUAAUAGAGCAUCUUAACAUCUGCUGCCAUGAAUACUGUUUCAGGUGUGGAAUUUGCCACAAAGCAAUGGGAGAUCUUCUGGAUAAAAUAUUCAUCCACCGGGACAUUGUCCACUGUGACAAGUGCUACGAGAAACUCUUCUAGGGUUUUGCAAAGCUGGAGAAGGCAGCCAGUGGAAAGUCCUCAGCAGCACGUAUCAGAAUACAUCUAGCAGUUCCUGACUGGCUAAGAUAGCAGAAUUCCUGCUCUCCCCUUUCCUCAAGUUAUUUUCCCUCUCACUGCCUCAUCACAAUGAACGAGUUUAACAUCCGCUAGUUUAUGCUGUCAGCUGCAUACAAGGCAAGUGCCAAUGUUAACAAGAUAAGGCAGUGUCAUCUACAAAGAUAAGUGGGCUGAUUUUCCAAAGGUGCUGAGCCCCUCCACCUGUCUUUAACUUCAUUAAGAUUCCAGAGUGCUCCCUGCGUUGGAAGUCAGGCAGAGCUCCUUAGGUCUACCUAAGCUAAUUCUGAGAAACCUUUUCUGAUUCCCUCCCCCCACCCCCCUUUCAUUUCUGCAAUCAGGCUGCAGCUUAGUGUGUGUGAGCUGGCACAAAGCAAGCAGAUACGAGAAGUGUUAAACACUAAAUUUGGGUUCUUGGGAGGGUUUGAAUUUCGUUCUUAGCAAAAGCCUAUUUCUGCUUCUCUCACCCCCAAAUUCUGCCUAGAAAUAGCUUCUUCCUGAUUUCCAUUUGCAUUCCAUGGGCUUUCAGGAGCACUUGCAGACUCACUUUAAUUGUGUGUCAGCUUUAAUUUCCCUUUCCUGCCUACUCCCUAGUGGAUUGCUGCAGCAGCAUGUGUGUCUGCUGUCUGUUUGGGAAGAUAACACUCUCUUUCACCCGGUAGUUCAACUUGGCCUCUGAUGGUAGGUGUCUCGUGGCCAUACAAAAUGUGCCAGAGAAUAGGUAUCUCAAUUGCCUCCCCUGACAAGGAGCACUGCUUGACUGAAAUCUGAAUUUCCCCCCACCUCGCCAAGGCUUGCCGUAAUGCCUCUCUUAUUGCUGUAAAUUAUUUACAUCACAAGUGCUCACUCACAAAAUUGAACCUGUGCUUACGAAAAGUCAGAAUCGCAUAAUUUUAGCCCUUAAUUCAGAUGCUGAGAGGUUGAGAAAGCUGAAUACUGAAACCUGAAAGUCGGCCUCUGUGCCUUAAAAGUACAGCUCUGAAUGUGUCCAGAGAAUUAUUGUUUUCUCUUUGAAAGCAUUAGGAAUGUCUGCAAAGCACCCAAGUCAGUUCCGUAGUAGCUCCUACAUGGAAAUAGGUGAUGGCAAAAGCUCUAAUGCAGACUAUUGUUAGCUAGAUAAUUCUUUAUGCGCUUAGUGAUGGAAGCUGGCAUGCAUGCCAAAGCUUAGCAAGUUAGUGUUUUACAGCACAAGUGCUACUUAGCUUUUUUUAGGCCACUGUACCAGUUAUUUAACCGAACUACAGGCAUGACCUCAGAAGCAACUCCAUGAGGGGAACUCCAGUUGAAAGCAGUAACAACCCUGCUACUGGCAGGCUUCAGGUUGAGACCUUAAAGCCAUGUCUGCGACAGGGGCUUGGGCAGCUCCAUUUUGAGCGUGCGUGGUACAACUGGGGGACCAACAACCCCCUGAGAACCCAGCUGUCACGGAGGCAUGAUUUUCAAAAAUGACUACUGAUUUUGGCUGCCCGCAUUUCUAAGUUAUCAAGAUAUUACAGAGACGUUCCUUUCUGAACAGAAGAGGGUCACAAAGCGUCUCAUCUCCCCAAAUCGCUCAUUUCUGAAAACCAUGGCCAGCGCUUCCUUACUGGUACCUGCACCAGUGGUGGGGAAUGAGUGGUACAGCAGCCGUUAGACGUCUCAUUACGCCGUGGUCAAAGCGGGAUUGUUUAAAAUACCGAAAGAGAUGGGCCUGUAACUACGGAUGCACUUUGAGAGGAUGAUCUGCAGAAAUAACGUAGUGACCGAUUCCAGAGCUCCUGACGGGUACGUGGCCUUAACGGGGAACAGGAUUUCUCCAUCGUCUGUUUUGCACCGUCUCUCCUCAGCACUGCGUUUCCCUGCAGCAAUUGUUUCACCUCAGUAUGCAGCUCUAAUAAACACUCUUAGCUCACGUGCAGCUUCCUCACUUGCGUCG